GUACAGUGAAGCGGAGGCAGAGCGGCUCCGCGAGCUCCUCUCCACUUUCCCAUAGAGAAACCCUGACUGGCCGCGGAGGGCGAGCCACACACACGCCCUCACGCCCCGCGAGCCCGCUAGGUCACUAUCGCAUGACAAAGGCUUUGCCGCAGUUCAUCUUCCUCCCAGUGUACUUUCCACUUGCCUUCCUGAGAAUCCUGCUGCAUCACAGAAGCUGGAAGUUCUGAUGUUCCAUUGAAAUCACAAUGGAAAGUCUUGACUUACCUGGAAUCCUCAGGAAGAUCCCCAGCCUCUAGCAGUACCUGUUAUCAUCUCCAGCAUGUUGUAGAUGUGAAGGAUUCACUGGGAUAUUGAGAAAUACCAGAGACGAAUUGUUCUACUGUAGUCAGAGUAAUGAAAGGCAGUAAUAUAAAUAAAGAUCAUUCAGCAGAAGGAGAGGGGGCUGGAAAACGACCAAAGAGGAAGUGUCUCCAGUGGCAUCCAUUGCUAGCAAAGAAACUUCUCGACUUUUCAGAAGAAGAGGAAGAAGAAGACGAAGAGGAAGAUAUUGAUAAAGUUCAACUUCUUGGGGCUGAUGGCCUAGAACAAGAUGUUGGUGAGACUGAAGAUGAUGAGUCGCCAGAACAGCGAGCUCGGAGACCAAUGAAUGCAUUUCUUUUAUUCUGUAAACGACAUCGCUCUCUUGUACGUCAGGAACACCCCAGGCUCGAUAACCGAGGUGCUACCAAGAUACUAGCUGAUUGGUGGGCUGUUCUUGAUCCAAAGGAAAAGCAGAAGUACACAGACAUGGCCAAGGAGUAUAAAGAUGCGUUUAUGAAAGCAAAUCCUGGCUACAAAUGGUGUCCCACCACAAACAAGCCUGUGAAAUCUCCAACAUCCACUGUCAACCCACGAAAAAAGCUUUGGGCCUUCCCAUCUGAUUCUUCACGAGAUUUGCCAAGCCCCAAGAAAGCCAAGACUGAAGAAACACCUCAACUUAACUUUGGAAUGGCUGAUCCUACUCAGAUGGGAGGUCUGAGCAUGCUGCUAUUAGCUGGAGAACAUGCUCUCGGCACACCAGAGAUAUCCUCUGGGACUGGCAGGGCUGAUGUUUCAGAGUCCCCUGAAUUGCGGCAGAAGUCACCAUUGUUUCAGUUUGCUGAGAUAUCUUCAAGUACAUCCCAUCCUGAUGCUCCUACAAAACAGUGUCAAACAUCAGCCUUGUUUCAGUUUGCAGAGAUUUCUUCAAACACUUCGCAACUGGGUGGUGCUGAGCCUGUAAAACGCUGUGGAAAGUCUGCACUCUUUCAACUGGCAGAGAUGUGCCUGGCAUCAGAAGGAGUAAAAAUGGAAGAAUCAAAGCUAAUGAAAGCAAAGGAAUCGGACGGUGGAAGAAUUAGAGAACUGGAGAAGGGAAAGGAAGAAAGAGAAAUGAAAAUGGAAAGAACAGAUGAAGCCAGGCUACAGAAGGAAGCAGACUUUGAAAAAUCAGCUAAGGAAAAUGUAAGAGAGUCUAAAGAGUUAAGAAAUUUUGAGGAGCUACAAAUGGGUGAUGUGAUGGCUAUAAAAAUGGAAGACCCCAAAGAAAUCAGAAAGGAAGAAUUAGAGGAAGAUCAGAAAUGUAGUCACUUCCCUGAUUUUUCUUAUUCUGCCAGUAGCAAGAUAAUAAUCAGUGAUGUUCCCAGUAGAAAGGAUCACAUGUGCCGUCCCCAUGGUAUCAUGAUCAUCGAGGAUCCCAUAGCAUUAAACAAACCAGAGAAACUAAAAAAGAAAAAGAAGAAAAGCAAAAUGGAUCGACAUGGGAGUGAUAAAUCCACACCCAAGAAGACUUGCAAAAAGAGACAGUCUUCAGAGUCCGACAUUGAGAGUGUCAUAUACACGAUCGAGGCAGUUGCAAAAGGAGACUGGGGCAUUGAGAAACUCGGAGAGGCCCCGCGCAAGAAGGUCCGCCCAUCCUCAAGUGGCAAGGGAAGCAUUUUGGAUGCUAAGCCACCAAAGAAAAAAGUGAAAUCUAGAGAGAAGAAAAUGUCCAAGGAGAAAUCCUUAGAUACCACCAAAGAGUCAAGACCUCCAGAUUUCAUUAGUCUUUCUACCAGCAAGAACAUUUCUGGUGAGCUGCCAGAGAGCAUAAAAACAGAACCAUUGACCCCCACGGAGGAUGUGCUACCUCCCAGCCUGUCAGGACAGGCCAAGACGGAGGACAGUGAUUGUCACAGGAAAAUAGAGACUUGUGGCUUCAGGAAAUCCGAGAGGUCUUGCAAAGGUGCUCUUUAUAAAACCCUGGUGUCAGAGGGCAUGCUCACCUCUCUGCGAGCUAAUGUUGACAGAGGAAAACGAAGCUCAGGAAAAGGAAACUCAUCUGAUCAUGAGGGGUGCUGGAAUGAAGAAAGCUGGACGUUUAGUCAGAGUGGAAGCAGUGGCAGCAAGAAGUUCAAGAAGACAAAGCCGAGGGAAGACUCCUUCCUUGGUUCAUCAAAGCUGGAUGAAGAAUUUGAAAAAAAAUUUAACAGCCUCCCUCAAUAUAGUCCUGUUUCAUUUGACCGGAAAUGUGUACCUGUCCCAAGAAAAAAGAAGAAGACUGGGACCAUGUCUUCGGAAUCAGCGAAAACCAGCAAAGGUCCUUUCCAGUCCCAGAAAAAGAACUUUUUCCACAAAAUUGUCAGCAAAUAUAAGCACAAAAAGGAGAAGCCUAAUGUUCCGGAAAAAGGAAGUGGGGAUAAAUGGUCAAACAAGCAAAUCUUCUUGGAUGCCAUUCACCCUACAGAAGCCAUAUUUUCAGAAGACAAAAACACCAUAGAGCCUGCACAUAAGGUUAAAAAUGCCCUAUCCCUUCCCAACACUCCAGAGCCAACAAUAAUGCAAGAACCGCUGGUGGGCAGCCAAAAGAGAAAAGCAAGGAAAACCAAGAUUACACACCUUGUCAGGACAGCAGACGGCCGGGUUUCACCAGCAGGAGGUUCUCUGGAUGACAAACCAAAGGAGCACCUGCGGAGAAGUCUCCCCAAGGUAGCUGAGGCCGACUGCAAUGAUGAGUGCUCCCACCACCCUGAGGCCGAGGAGACUCGGAGCAGUACUCCAGAAAUGCCCGCGGUGUCUGCGUUCUUCAGCCUCGCUGCAUUGGCCGAAGUGGCAGCCAUGGAGAAUGUGCACAGAGGUCAGAGAUCAACUCCGCUCACCCAUGAUGGACAGCCAAAAGAAAUGCCACAGGCUCCUGUACUUAUUUCUUGUGCUGACCAGUGAAGCGCCCUUUAAUUGUCAGACCUUGUGCUUUACCUCCUUCCCUAGCCUUGUCUUUACCAAGGGAUGCUAGUGAGUCCACGUGGUGGAAAAUACAGACUGCAAACAAGUGGUUUUGUGCCCUACCUGGCGGCCCGGAUUCACUUGAAGCAGAAUUGAGCAUCCUGGCCAGUUUGUUCUUUCAGAACCCAGAAUCUUUGAGGGUGAUGUUAUUUGUUGAUACUGAGCAGAGGCAGGACAAGCCUGGAGCUUUGCUUUCUAUUGAAGGCUUUUGGCAGUAACAGGUGGUAACUUGGUAAAAGGCUGCCUUUACUGUAGCUCAUUCAGCAUCUCUUUUACCAACCAGAGAGUGUGAAACUAGUUUCAUAUAUUACCUAGUUAUUCUUUAAAAACAAAACAAAAAACAAACAAACAAAAACUGACGCACUGCACUAGUUAUUAUUAGAUAUUCUUAGUCUUUUUUGUACAUGGAGAUUUAAGUUCUAAGAUGGUUUAUAUAAUAGGUUAUACCUACAUUUAUACUGUAGAAUAAAUAUUAAAAAGCCUGUUCCGAGACUCCUAGGCAGCAUGGACAGGCAAAUGUACCAUUGUUAGCGGUGUAUGCUCGGCCUCGUGGUCCAUAUAUUCUGCACUUUUAUAUUUGCCACCAGAGUGGUAGUUUGCUGGCAAAAAAAAAAAAAAAGAGAAAAAUUACAAUUCUUACAAUCUGAAUUUUUUCUUAGCUUUGAAUGACCAAGAAGAAUUUGCUUGGGGCAAAUUGUGGCAAAUAUUUUUUCCCAGAAAGGGGAAGAGUCCUGCAGAUUACAGAUUAUUAAUGUUUUCAUGCCUUGAGGAUUCUUUUAUUUUUACACAGGGGUCUAAGUGACCAAGGAUCGUUCAUACAAACAAAAAAAAGACAAAAAUAUUAUUCAGAAGUGACCUUAGUAUUACUUCACUAUUCUGACCACAUUGAAGACACUCACUUCAUAUGGACUUGGAGCUCCCGACCUUUUACAUCCAUGACAGACAGACUGGACGGGUUGCAAUUGCUAUGCACAGCCUAAUGGCACUGCAGGUGUUUAGAGCCAUUUCAAGUUUGUAUUGUGCAGGAGGUAUUGUGUACACGAAGAGGGAGGUGUGCCUGACCAGAGUGGACCUCUCAGUCGUAGAUCCCUCCGCAACUUUCUUGUUUCAUUUUUGUGUUUUAUUGCUUUUGAACAUAAAACCAACCAUACAUAUGCCAGUGCCCAGUGGAUUAACUGGCUUAGAACAUUGAACAUAUUGACAUAACCACCUGACGUUCACAGUGUCUGGUUUCCUAGCAACAGAUGCAAAGUGAUAAAUCAAAAUUAGUCUGAGGCUACAGAUUUAACAGGGUAUUUGUUCCAUAGCACAAAGUAUUUCCCCACUCUUGCAUCACAGCACAAACUACCAAAUUUUAAAUAUUGGAUUCCAGCAAUACUUUUUAAUGGUUUUCAAACUGGCAGAAUUUUGAUAGUGCUGGUUCGAGUUUGAAAGCUUUUGAAUUAGAUCUCUAAAUGGUGACAGUUUACAUGGUUUUAUCUAGCUAUCUUAUUUAUACUUCACUGAAUUGUAAUGAUGAUUUGUUUUCUAAUUGUAAUUUGACCUAAUAGCCAUACACAAAAAGUGACUCUAAUAAUACUGACUAGGUUUAGCUUCUUGUGGUUGUAGAUAUUACUUCAGUUACGGUGCUGGAAAAUAUGUACAACAUACUAACAGGAUUGGGAAAAAAAUCUAGUUAUUUCUAUUUUCAAAGCAGGCAAAAAGGGCAGUAAGCUUUGGGAUAAUAUCCUCAAAAAUGCGUGUUCACUGUGGGGAUGGAGGAAGAAGGAAUUAGUAAGAGGUUAAUCAGAAGCUAUACCUUAACCCCAUUCACAUAGAUAUAUAAGUGAGCAGCCCCAGGUUUUAGCAUACUAUUUUUUAUUAUGAUGCUGUUUUAUUAAUACUUUCUAAAUUUCAAAGCAAAAGUGAAUGUCUGAAAAUUUUUGGGUCCUGGUGUUGGUGGCUGUUGGAGUUUUGGACCACAUGCUAAUAGUAAUUUUAAAAUUCUGAUUAGCUAAAAAUCCAAAAAAAAAAAAAAAACAGAGAAGCUAACACCACAAAUUGUAUGGUGCAGAACAUGCACCUUGACAAUGGUACUAACUUGUUAUUCUGUAGAACACGUUAGACUAGAUCUGUUUUUGCCAGCGCACCCCCCUUCAGUCCUCCAAUUACAUUUCACUAGACUUAAGAGAUUGCUGUAUAUUCAUGGGACCUUUUUUAAAAAUGAAGCAAAACAGAAUAUUACUUUUUUCUAUGUGAUUAAUAUCUUACUUGAUCUGCUUUUUCCUAAACCUCGGUGGCUUUUUCCUUAGUCAGGGGUGGGUGUGGGAGGGCAUUUUACUGCAUAUGACUGUUUUCAGAUACUUUAAAACAAGUCCCUUCCCCCCCCCCCCUUUUUUUUGGGUAAAAUGUUUAAUUUUUAAGUGAUUAAGCUCUGAGAGUAGCAGAAAUCCCGCAAAUCUUUCUAGUUCCUUAGGCACUCGCCUUAUCGUUUCUGGGUGAGGUCCUGAUUCCAGCAGCAGUGCUUCCCCUCCCCUGAAUGUGCUGGAGGGGGUUGGUCUUUUCAGAUGAUAACUUUGGUUAGCACAAAUAUUUUAGGCCGCUAUGGUAGUGCUCUUCCAAUCCCCCAUCCGCAGUUAGCGUUCUCACUUCGUAUCUCUCAUUCUGUUGGAUUUGGGAGAAGUCAUCUGUUGCUGUGGUGUGUACUUUAAUCUGCCAGCAGCCACCAUCCACACUAACAUGGGUCCCACAGUUUCCUCAAGAGAGAAAGUUGUUGCACCUUAUGUAUAUCUCAAGCAAACCAAAACCUUGUGCUCUUCUGCUUUGUGUUAUUCUAAAUUGUUGUAUCAUAUCUUUCUGAAACCAAUUCUGAAUUUAGUUGAAAUUACCCGUAUUUAUGCUUUCAACCUUAUUUUCUGGAUUCAAACCUGUAUAUAAAUCUUUUGGAAAAAAAAAAUUGUCCUAGCCCUUCUCUGCCAUGCUGGAAGCGAAAGAUUUUGUCUCAGCUGGAGACACAGUACUGUUCCGGUUUUCUGUAGCCUUUUAUUUAUUUAGUUACUCUGGGUGUUUCCUAUGUAAUUUUGAAGUGUGUAGAAUAUUUUAUAGUAACUGAUUCUGCAGCUCUAAGAAGCUGAGUGAAAGACAAAAUACUGUAAGACA